AUGACGAAGGAGUUGACCUCGGAGGAGAUUCGACGCGCGAGAGAUGACGUUGAAUCGGGGGAUUUGAUGCGGAUCGCGCCCGUGACGACGGAUGUGGAAACGAUCACGGCGUUGUUGAACGCGUGCUCGGAUAAAAAGAGCGAUGAGGUGCGAGCGUCGGCUUCGGAGACGUUGAAAUCGAUCGCCGCCAAGGCGGAUGAAUUCAUCGUCGGCGUCGCCGUCGUUCCGGCCGCUUUGUCCGCCCUGGAUCCGAAGAACCGGUUUCAAACGCAAGUUGCGGGAGCGAAUCUCCUCACCGAUCUCUCGACUUCAUCCCCGCACGCGAUCGCGGCCAAUCUCACCGCGAUCCUUCCGGUGGUCACCUCAAUGGUGAACGACGCCAAGCAAGAAGUCGCGGACGCCGCGCGCGCAUCCCUGACUGCCAUCGCCCAAACGAUCGACAACAAGGACGUCGAACCGUUCAUUCCGGCCAUGGUCGAAGCCACGAUCGAUCACGAAAAGACGGAUGAGUGCGUGCAAAAGCUCGCGUCGACGACGUUCGUGCAAACCAUCACGGCGGCGCCUCUGGCGUUGAUUUCGCCCAUCCUCUUGCUCGGCUUCCGCGCCAGAACGACCGCCACCAAACGCCUGUCCGCGGUGAUCGUGAACAACAUGUCCAAGCUCGUCGAGGACCCAGAAGACGCGGCGCCGUUCUUGCCCAACCUCUUGCCCGCCGUGGCCAAGGCGUCCGAGCAAGUUUCCGACCCCGAAGCCAGAGCCGUGUGCGGAAACGCGUGCGAGCAACUGCAAUCCAUCGAGGCCAAGCUGAAGGAUGCGAACUUCAAGUCUCAAAAAGGGGUUUUCGCCGAUAUCCAGACUUUGACGGACAAGCACAUCGCCAAGUACUUCUCGGAUGCGUCCCUCUCCACGUACUUCGCCACCAUGGUCACCGCCAUGGUGGACGCGAAGAUUUCGGAUUUUGAAUUCGAGGAUGCGCUUCGAUCGUUCGGUAAAGACGCCGUGAAGGAUAUUCGCGCGUUGUACGGUGAACUCGAAAAGAUGUACUUUGGCGCCGAGGAGGAAGAGGACGACGACGAUAACGCGGACGUGCUCGCCGACUGCCAAUUUACCCUCGCGUACGGCUCCAAGGUUUUGUUGCACAACACCAAGCUCAAGCUCAAGCGCGGUCACAAGUACGCGUUGCUCGGCGGGAACGAUAGUGGGAAGACUUCGCUCAUGCGCGCGAUCGCGAACGAGCAAGUCGAGGGCUUCCCGCCCGCGAGCGAGCUUCGCACGGUUUUCGUCGAGGCGGACAUCAUCGGCGAGCUCUCCGAUUUGCCGUGUGUCGACUACAUCUUGGCGGAUCCACGCAUCAAGGCGGCCGGCAUCUCCGAACAGACGGUUGAAAAGAUGCUCUUAAACGUCGGUUUCGGUGAGAUGCAAAACGGAGCGAGAAACCUCGUGACUUUCUUGUCUGGCGGGUGGCGCAUGAAGCUCGCGCUCGCGCGUGCGAUGUGCUUAAACGCCGACAUCCUACUCAUGGACGAGCCGACGAAUCACUUGGACGUGAUGAACGUAAAGUGGGUCGAGGAGUACUUGAAAUCCCUCACCGACGUCACGUGCGUCCUGGUCUCGCACGACACCGGUUUCGUCGACCGCGUGUGCAACAACAUCAUCAGCAUUGAAAACUUAAAGCUCAAGCAGUUCCGAGGCAACUUGUCCGAGUUCGUCGAGAAAAACCCGAAGGCGAAGUCGUUUUUCGAGCUCAAGAGCUCGAGUGGAUUCGUCAUGCGAUUCCCGCAACCGGGAUUCAUCGAGGGCGUCAAGUCCAAGGGUAAGCCGCUCAUGAAGAUGGCCAACUGCACGUAUACGUAUCCGGUGAACGAUGCGCCGACGGUGAAGGAUGUCACGGUGCAAGUCUCCCUCGCAUCGCGCGUCGCGUGCGUCGGGCCGAACGGUGUCGGGAAGUCUACGAUGAUCAAGCUUCUCACAGGUGAGGUUGUUCCGCAAGAGGGUACGGUUUGGAAGCAUCCAAACGCCCGAGUGGCGUACGUCGCCCAGCACGCUUUCCACCACAUUGAACAACACCUCGACAAGACGCCGAAUGAAUACAUUCGCUGGCGUUACCAACACGGUGACGAUAAGGAGGCCCUCGUCAAGGACACGAUGACACUCACCGAAGAGGAGAAGGCGCGAUGCAAGGAGCCGGUGUUGAUUGAUUUCGGUAACGACGAAAAGGGCAACCCAAUCAAGAUCAAGAUGCAAAUCGAAAAGCUCACCGGCGGUCGCAAACAGGUGAAGAAGGAGUACGAGUACGAAGUUCAAUUCGUCGGACGAGACUACAACUCGAACAAGUAUAUUCAAGCGAGCAAGCUCGAUAAGUGGGGCUUUGGUAAGCACAUGAAGAUUGUCGACGAAAAAGUCGCCGCGCGCGCGGGCGCCAUGCACACGCCCUUGACGACGGCUAACGUGGAGAAAUUCCUCGAAGAUGUGGGUUUGGACAAGGAGUUCGGUACUCACACUCGCAUGUCCGCGCUCUCGGGUGGUCAAAAGGUCAAGGUUGUCAUCGCGGCUGCCAUGUGGAACUGCCCCCACAUUGUCAUCCUCGACGAGCCGACAAACUACUUGGAUCGCGACUCUCUCGGCGCGCUUGCGGGUGCAAUUCAAGUUUACGAAGGCGGCGUCGUCAUGAUUACGCACAACAACGAGUUCUGCUCCGCCUUGUGCCCGGAAACGUGGCUCAUGGAGAAGGCUCAAGACGGUAUCGCUCGAUGCAACUGCAAGGGUGACGCCGAGUGGAUGGCCAAGGCUUCUAAGAUGGAAGUCACCGCGGCGGCGCAACUCGAAGAGUACACCGACGCCUUGGGCAACGUCGUGGAGGUUAAGAAGAAGGUCGAUAAGGAUAGCAAGGAGGCCAAGAAGAGAGCCAAGCUCAAGGCCAAGCGUCGCGCUCGCGGCGAGGUCGUGACUGACACCGAGGAUGAGGAAUGGGAAGGCUUCGGAGAAGAAUAA